AACCAAACCGGGGAGGGAAAAAAGAGGUGCGGAGUCUUUAUAGGAACUGAAACCAAUCCUCAACAAGGAAGAAAGGAAGCAGAGAGAGGAAAAGCUCUAAAUUAGGGAUUCAGUCUGACACUGUUUACUAGUCAACAAAAACAACAAUCAGUUGAGAAAGUGGUUUUUUAAUCCUCAUUUUGUCAUUUAUUUAGCAAUAAAAGCCUUCAUUUCAAGCCUUUUCCUCUCUGAGAAGACGCACAAGUGAAAGCAGCAGCGAUGGGGCCCACUCUCCUCCAGGCCUACAGGAGGCGCUGGUGGAUGGCGGUGACAGCGGUGAUUGAAAACCUGCUGUGUUCGGCUGUGCUGCUGGGCUGGGGCUCCCUGCUCAUCAUGUUGAAGAGGGAAGGCUUCUACUCCCACCUGUGCUCAGUGAAUGAAUCGGUGAUUGUGUCUUUGGGCAACUCCUCUGGCGAUGAGGGGGAGGAGUGGGUCAGCUGCGUGGACCAAGACGAGAUGCUGAAUCUGGGCUUCACCAUUGGUUCCUUCUUGCUCAGUGCUGCAACGCUGCCUCUCGGCAUCCUGAUGGACAGGUUUGGUCCUCGUCCAAUCCGGCUGGUGGGCAGCUCAUGUUUUGGUCUGUCGUGUGUCUUGAUGGCUGCAUCUGCCUACAACCCUGAUACUCUGUCUCCACUCAUCUUCUUGGCUCUUUCCCUGAACGGCUUCGGCGGUAUCUGCCUGACCUUCACCUCCCUCACGCUCCCCAACAUGUUUGGUGCUCUGAGCUCCACCGUCUUGUCUCUGAUGAUCGGCUCCUACGCCUCCUCUGCUGUCACCUUCCCUGGAGUCAAGCUCAUCUACGAUGUAGGCGUCUCCUUCCAGGCGAUCAUGUGGGGAUGGGCAGGCCUCGCCGGGUUUGUCUUCUUCAACUGUUUCUUCAACUGGCCCGUCGAAGGCUUUCCAACACCUGACGAGGUGGAUUACAGUAAGAUCCUCACACUGCAAGAGCUACCGUCAUCUGACCAGAAAGGUGUUGGAGAGAGACUGAGCCAGAAAAAUGGAGACAUAAGACACUCGACAGAAAAGCUUCCUGGUGGACCUGAAGCUGCUGCCAAUGCUGUUCCCUUCCGUCGUUCCGUGUUCUCACCCAUCUUCCUCUGGAGUCUGAUUACCAUGGGGAUGUCUCAGCUGAGGAUCAUCUUCUUCAUGGGGGCAAUGAACAGGAUGCUGGAGUUUAUGGUCACCCAUGGUGAAGAGCACUUAACUGAUGAGCAGGUGAUUGAAGCAGAGGAGCAAGUAAGUUUCUACUCGUCCAUCUUUGGCACACUGCAGCUGCUGUGUCUGGUCACGUGUCCCCUGAUUGGCUACAUCAUGGACUGGAAGAUGAAGGAGUGUGAAGAGGAGAAGACUGCCCCCACCAUCACAGAGAAGAGCCUGACUGGACCCAAAAGAGACCGUAAGAUCCAGAAGGUGACAAACGCCAUGAAGGCCUUCAUCCUCACCAACAUGCUGCUGAUCGCUUUCGGAUGCUGCUGCCUCGUAAACAACCUGCCUCUCCAGAUCUUGACCUUCAUCCUCCACACCAUGGUCCGAGGCUUCAUCCACUCCUGCUGUGGAGGCCUUUACGCUGCUGUCUACCCAUCCAACCACUUUGGCACGCUGACAGGCCUCCAGUCCAUGAUCAGCGCUGUGGUCGCUCUGCUGCAGCAGCCGCUCUUCAUCGCCAUGGUCGGACCACUGGAAGGAGAUCCCUACUGGAUCAACCUCGGCCUGCUGAUCCUCUCACUGAGUGGCUUCCUGUUGCCGAGUUACCUGUUCUACCACCGCAGACAGCUGAUUAAGGAAAAGGCGGCCAGAGACCAGCGGGCCGGCGGUCAGGAGAUGCAGGCGCUCAACCACACCGAAGCCAACGGCUACAAACCUCACAGCAACGGCCUCUCUGCAGCGGAGGCUUAGAGCUCAGCAGGCCUGGCGACUGGGAGAACUGUAGGAUUUAUUCUAACAUGUGCCUUCAGAAUGAGCACCAGCAAUCUACUCAUCCAAAUCUGUUUUGUUCUGAUAUCCAAUGCUUUAUUUUACUUCUAAUUGUUUUUGGUCAUUGCUGGUGCCAGUUUUGUUCAUCACAAACCACACCACAGAGCAAAUAGGAUCACCUGUGUUUUGUUAGGAUUUAAAGUCAGACUUUGUGCUUUGGGGAGAAGAUGUGUCAUCGUCAUUUGUUGCUGUCUAUUUAUUUUGGUUUAACUCAACAAGCCAAAUUAGUGUGAUUUAAACACAGACUGCAUGCAGCCUGUGGAUUUAAAGCCAUAGAUUUCACAUGCAAAGACAGACUGCGGACGUCACAAUCAGCUUGCUUACACCAAAGAACAGCAUGAAGAUGUUAGAAAAGCUACAUUUUCUGUUCAGUAUUAUUUCAAAACUGUGCAUAAUGAGCUAUACGUAUAUUACCUGUGCUCUUUCUACGGUAAUCCCCCCC